AUGCCACCCAAAAGGAAAUCCACCCACGCCGAGCCUGAGCCUCAAACUGAGCAGGCUACGCGUCGCCGUUCUUCGCGGUUGAGCAAGGGUGUUGAGCCAACAACCGAAGGGGUGGUGUCGCCUGUGACUGUGAAGAAGGAAGCGGAUAAACCUAAACCGGUCAAGGGAGGAAAGGCUCCUAGGAAAUUACUGAGUGCUGUUAACGAAGAGGCGAAUGAUGUGAAAGACGAGAAGGAAGAAGAGAAAGUGGAGGAACCACCAACCAAGCGCUCCCGCACCACCAAGCCCACCACCACCACUCCUACUACCACCACGCCCACCACCUCCUCCUCCUCCGGCCGACAGUACUGGCUCCUAAAAGCCGAACCCCUCCCCCGCCUAGAAAACGGGCACGACGUCCGCUUCUCCAUCGACGACCUGCGCACCCGCACCGCCCCCGAACCCUGGGACGGAAUCCGCAACUACAGCGCGCGAAACAACCUACGUUCCAUGAAGCGCGGUGACCUAGCCUUUUUCUACCACAGUAACUGCCCCUCCCCCGGCAUCGUAGGCGUAAUGGAAAUCGUCAAGGAGGCCGAGGAGGAUUGGACGGCGGUGGACCCCAAAGCUGCGUAUUUUGAUGCGAAAGCUCAGGCGAAGGUUGAUAAGGGGGAGGAGAAUCCGUGGAGUUUGGUGCAUGUGGUGUUUAGGGAGAAGUUUGAGAGGGAGUUGGGGUUGAAAGAAUUGAGGGAGUGGGCCGGGGAAAAGGGGGGAGCGUUGGAGAAUAUGCAGUUGAUUAGGCAGAGUCGAUUGAGUGUUAGUAAGGUUAGUGAGGGGGAGUGGGAGUUUUUGAUGGACAAGGCGGGGGGGAGGACGGGGAGGGAGGGGAAGUGA